AUGCAACAACAAGUGUGCGGGCUUGCAUUGUACAGUGCUGUCAUGCAGUAUAGGAUAGCGUCGAGAGCUCUAGAAGACCGCAAAGGUCUCAUCGGAAAGGCCAAGCGUGGUCAUCGCCAGGGACAAGUUAGUGUUGAUGCGCUGUCGCUGGCUGCGCUGGGGCAUGUGCUGCUCGCCAUUCUGCCAUCGUAUCAUUCGCCCGAUAAGUCGGCGGCGGUUGAUUGA